AUGUCUGCAGCGAGAGGUCUUACUUACUUCGAGCAACAUUUUCUUUUUUCGAAUAAAUUUUUUCAAUAUACUAUGGGUUUGAGACCUUAUCAAAAUUCGAGAGAUCUGUUGUUUCAAGUGUGUAUAAUAACUGUUUAUUUAUUUCCAGGAGUAGCACACCAAUUUUAUCAGCUCGCCAUUUCAGAAGUCCCUCUAGCAACAACUAUCAAAAUACUGCAGUAUAUGUUCGCAGCUAUAUGUUUUCUAUAUACUUACAGUAAUUAUUACUUUAAAUACGUACAAAUCAAAUCUAUUAUUUCUCAUAUUAAGUUUGAUUACGAGCAUAUGUCUAAUAAAUAUGAAUUCGAUAUUACAGAAAAAUAUAUUAAAGAGAGCAAAUUAUAUACGUUUUCUAUCAUGGUUAUCUUCAACCUGUAUUUUCUUGCAACAAUAACUCCCUGCUUCAUAAGUAUUUUUUCAUAUCAAUUUGGUAUAUUGGAAAAUUUUAAUUUAACUUUACCUAUUCCUAUUAAUAAUGUUUUAAAUCUUGGGCCGAUAUAUUACAGUUUACUUAUUUACCAAGCAACAGAAAUCUAUAUAUCAAUAUCUGUAGCAAUUAUAUGUUUUUCAACGUAUUUGGUAUUCAUAAAUCACGCGUGUUGUCAAUUAAGCAUUAUAAGAUUGAAAAUUGGCUAUCAUUUUAUGGGGCGCCAGAAGUUAAUUCAAAUUAGGAAUGAUUUUGAUUGGAUAGUCGACGUAAUAAAGCGUCAUGAAAGGGUCAUAAAAUACGUUGAUUUUCUCAACUCUUGUACAAAGGGAAUUUACUUAAUCGAAAUUUUCUUUAUUAUGCUCUUCAUUACAUUGGAUUUUUUGUAUGUGUAAAAUACCAUUCUAUAUUCUUUCAAUUAGAGUUCAAAAAUUGUUGUUAUUUAUGAUAUUGAGAUGGUCGAAGCCAUGCAUGCUUUCAAUCGGAGGUAUAUCCGUUAUGUCACAUCAAGCUUUCUCUGGGGUAAGUGGAGGAAGAUAAACCAUAUAUAUUAAAUCUUCUUAUCCUAAAAUUGAAUCUUUGAUUUUAGUUAUUCCAAAAAGCAUUAUCUUUCGCAUCGGUAUACCGCAGUGUACUUUAACUUUAUCUUAUUUUGGCCAAUAUAUAUCUGUGAAAUAUUAUUAUGAACAUUAUUCGACCAUCUCUUUCCUUCUGAGAAUACAAAA